CCUGUUGUCACAAUUUAUAUAUUUUUCUUAUUUUUAACACUAAAUGAAUAGCGUGAUAUAGUUUCUGGCCUGUGUUCCCCAAUUAUACUAAAAAACGUGGCAGAGAAGGAAGAACAAUUGACCAAAACAUGUAUAACGUCACUUCCCUCAAUGAGACCAGUGGGGAUGGAAACUCUGACACCCUGCCAGAGAAAAACUCGCAUCUACAUCUGUAUAUGACCGGCUGUGUAGUCCUUUGCUGGCUCUCAUGCACACCAAACUUUCACUUUAUAUAUAGGGUCUUAAGGAAAAAAAUUCUGGUGGUCUCCAACCUGAUAACCUUGGCAUUUGUUUUGGCCAAUUUUGUCUCUGUGAUUGCUACUUCACUGGAUACUCUUAGAUUAGAACAUGUUAAAAUUCCACCAGUCAUACGGUUAGGACUUUUCGGAGCCUCUCUCUUCUUUAUUCAGCUGGAGAUACUCAAACAGUUCAUUCAUUUCUUCUUCAAAAACAAGUCCUGGCUCUUCUCUGUAAAAUUGAGUUUGGUCUGGAUAUCUGGUGCUCUGCUGGCAGGGUUUUUACUUGGAUACUUCCUGAUUCUGCUGGAUCCACGUCUUGACCAGGAAGCUCCAGAGCACAACCCACAUGCUUUCUGGAGAAAUGAGGCUAUGAUUUACUACGUGAUCUUGCCAAGCAUUGUAACUCUGCUAGUGUGUCUUCUGAUAUUAGGAGUCAUGAUCACCAGAAUUCUGAAGUAUCUCAGAGAAGUCCAUGAGGCUGUUACUGUUCCAACAGUAGGAUUAAUUUUGGAUAUAACUCCUGACGUGAUUGAGCUUCAGCAUGGCAUUGACAAUCUACCCAAACGUACGCCGCCGUCUCAACUUGAGGAAGAAACUAAGAGAAACAUUGACGACGAGAACCCUGGAGAAGAAAAGAAAAGAAAAGAAGAAGUGAUGAAGACAACAAUAUUCCUAUCCAUCCACAUUAUAUUCUUUAUUAUCUGUCUUUUCAUCUGCUGAUUUUUUAUCAUGUUCAAGAUUGUCCAAAUAGGUUAAGACAACUUCUGGGCCGAGUACUGUACGUCAAACUAAACUAAAUUUCAUGUAAUGGAUAGGAAUCCUUUGUUUUCAAUCCUAACUCCUCAAUUGUUGAAGAGUACUGUACGUCAAACUAAACUAAAUUUCAUGUAUUGGAUAGGAAUUCUAUGUUUUCAACCCUGACUCCUCAAUUGUUGAAGAGUAUAU